CAAGAGAAGAGCACUGCUAUUAUAAUGUUGUGUAACUUCAUCGAACAGAACGCAAAGAAAUGUGCGGAAUACUUUCCGGUUCAACCAGGACAACCAUUGUCGUUUGAUGGUGAUGUGCAUGUUGUCUACAGAGAUCAAGAAAUGCUCACCUUCCCCUUCGAAACCAAGGUACGAGUACGCGUUACCCGUCUGGACGUAAGCGUCCCUGGUCAACCGAUUCACACUUGCUCACAUUAUCAUUGGUUGGAUUGGCCAGAUCGAGGAGUUCCUGAGGCUGAUUUGGCACCGAUUUUCCUACUCAAUAAGGUUCAAGAUACUGUCACUCCAAUAAUAGUUCAUUGUUCGGCCGGGAUUGGAAGAACAGGAUCCAUAGUGCUUAUACAACAUGCACUUGAACUGUUGCAACGGAAUCAACCAUUAUUGGAGAUAUGUACAUAUUUGAUAGAACUGCGUAAACAACGAAAUAAUAGUAUACAAACAGAACAUCAGUAUCUAUACAUUCAUCAAGUUCUAUUACUGUAUCUAAGGACGCAUAAAUACCUAGAUGAUAGUGUCACGGCAUACCUGGAUAACUUUACCAGGGAUUACUAUAAGGCAACAAAAGGAUUUUAGAAGAAGAUUAAAAGUGUUUACUAGCCAAUUAGAGUCUAGUACAAAGAGUUCAUAUGGUAACCAAGAAACAUUUAAGCGCUUCAAUGUUUUCUUUCGCUUUUUAAUGUCAUUAAACGACGAGUCUUCAAUAUUUG